AUGUGGAAUCCUCUUUCAUGGGUCAUGGAAGCAGCAACCCUCAUGGCUAUCACUCUUGCACACGGAGGGUUACUGAAAAAUUUGGUUGAAAGAAGGAGAAUGGUGAAGUCAUGGUUAAAAACUGCAACUGGUCUAAAGGUCCAGCAGCUUGACAUACAACAGCAAGCGCUGAAGCUCACUGCAAAUAGAUUCUAUGCAAAGCCACUUGCAGAGCUUAUAACACUACACGGAUGGGAGAUCCUACAAAGUACUGUUGAUCUUGUCCAGAAUAAUUUAAAUUUAGAGAUCAUCUAUGGUGACACAGAUUCAAUUAUGAUUUAUAGUGGACACGAUGAUAUUUCAAAAGCCAAAGUGAUUGCUGGGAAGGUCAUUCAAGAGGUCAACAAGAAAUAUGGGUGUUUAGAAAUUGAUCUUGAUGGCAUAUACAAGAGAAUGCUACUAUUGAAGAACAAGAAAUAUGCAGCUGCCAAAGUCAUUGAACGGAAAGGUCUUGAUAUGGUUCGUCGUGACUGGAGCUUGCUAUCAAAGGAACUGGGAGAUUUCUGCCUGAGUCAAAUAUUGUCUGGAGGGUCGUGUCAGGAUAUGGUUAAAUCGAUACACAACUCUCUCAUGAAGGUAGCACUUAGAUUGAGAUUGAAGAAAAGUGGUUAUGUCACUGGUUGCUCUGAUGGAGAUACAGUUCCUUAUAUAAUCUCUUGUGAGCAGGACUGUCAUGAAAAUAGUUCCAGUAGUUCAACAGGGAUUGCUCAGAAGGCAAGACAUCCUGAUGAACUGAAAAAGGACAACGGAAAAUGGAUAAUUGACAUUGAGUAUUACCUGGCAUAG